AUGGCACAAUUCGAGCCAGCUAGCUGGCAGCCUGCAAUUGCAGUCACAACAUGGUUUCUUAUGAGCGUUACUGCCCUAGCAGUGGUAUCUCGACUCAUGACCAAAUAUCUCUUGGUUGGAGGGCUGACAACUGAUGACGCCCUCAUCGUUAUAUCGUUUCUAUUUGCUGUUGGGAAUAACAUUGCCACUUUUAUGGCAACUACACAUGGCUUCGGUGAUCACACCGACAUAAUCAGAGCAACAAUGCAGGAUACUGUGAUGAAAUCGCAGCUAGCCGGGACAUUGUUGUUGACCCUGAGCUUGCUAUGCUCUCAGUUGGCCAUGACUGUAUUUAUCUGCAACAUUACGCCGGCUUCUCGAGACCGUAUCCUCGCCCGUGUCGCUCAGGGGCUCGUGUUAAUUACUGCAGUGACUGCCCUAUUUGGGACAGCCUUCCAGUGUCAUUUUCCAAGAACCUGGGACUAUCUUGAGGGGCGAUGUAUCAAUCGAACUGCCUGGGGUGUGUUCGUUGCCGUCGCGAAUGGGACAACGGACAUCCUGAUCUUUGCCCAAGCCAUGGUGUUGAUCGUCCAUGUCCAAACUACGUGGAAGAAAAAGUUUCUUUUUGCCAGUAUCUUUCUUCCACGGCUGCUUGUUGUUGCGUCGAUUAUCGCCGAAAUAAGCCUUACCAGAGCAAAUACCCCUUACACUGAUCCCUUUAUUGACGCAUCUGCCAGCACGAUUUGCAUGGAGGUCACCCAGUCUCUCAGCAUUAUCACAGCCUGCUGGGGCCAGCUGAAGCCUUUCAUGGUUCGACUUCGUUCUAACGCAUUCUGUCUUCAAUACAAUGGAUGGCCAAAUACCACCUACACCGGCCGGCCACGACCACUACACGUCUCUUCUACAACAAAGGGGACACUUUAUGAACCUGGAGACAAAUUUGUCCUUUCCCCUACUUAUGGGACAAAGACAAAGAUAUCCACGUCGCGGGCAUCCGCGGAGUGGGAGUCGCAAAGCCAAUCAAGCGAGACGUAUAUCAUCCGGGAAACGAGGACAUGGUCUGUGGACUUACCGACAGAGCCUGGCGCCGGGGAGCAGGGGCAAUGA